AUGCGGAGGCACGUGAAGAGGAAACUGAAAGGAGAGAUGUGGGCCACAUCUGUGAAGAUAGAAGCUGCAUUCCCUGAGGCGGAAGGAGCUUCCUUGGAGCAAGGGCAGAAGAGGGCGCAGGCCGUGGAGCGUGCCCAAGAUGCCCUCGCCUGUGGCAGUGGACAGAUGCUGUUGAAUGGUUGUCUUUUCAGAGGUGUGGAAACAGCUGCUGCAUCUCCGGUCCAGUGUGGAAAGUACUUGAAGUAUAGAUCACAGUUUUCUAUGAAGCAAAGAAUACAGAGAGGCAAGAAACCUUCAGAAUGUGGAAGGAAAUUCAAUCAGAGAAGAAAUCUCCAACAGCAAAGAGUAUGCAAAGAUGAUAAGCAUUUUGAAUGCUCGGAGUGUGGAAAGAAAUUCAGUAGCGAUGACAAUCUUCAACAGCAUCACAGAACUCAUACAGGGGAGAAACCUUUUGAAUGCUCAGGGUGUGGAAAGAGAUUCAAUUGGAGUAGCACUCUUCAACAGCACCAAAGAAUUCACACAGGAGAGAAACCUUUUGAAUGCUCAGAGUGUGGAAAGAGAUUCAGUCAGAGAGGUGAUCUUCAAAAGCAUCAGAGAACCCACACAGGUGAGAAACCUUUUGAAUGCUCAGAGUGUGGAAAGAGGUUCAAUCGGAGUGGCAAUCUUCAACGGCAUCAAAGAUCCCACACAGGUGACAACCCUUUUGAAUGCUCAGAGUGUGGAAAGAGAUUCAGUACAAAUGAUAGUCUUCAACAGCAUCAAAGGUCCCACACAGGGGAUAAACCUUUUGAAUGCUCAGAGUGUGGAAAGAGAUUUAGUCGGGGUGGCAAUCCUCAAGAGCAUCAGAGCAUCCACACAGGAAAGAAAUGUUUUGAAUGCUCAGAGUGUGGAAAGAGAUUCAGUGCAAAUAGUAGUCUUCAUUGUCAUCAAAGAACCCACACAGGGGAGAAACCUUUUGAAUGCUCAGAGUGUGGAAAGAGAUUCAGCCAGAGUUCCCAUCUUCAACAGCAUCGAAGAUCCCACACAGGUGACAAGCCUUUUGAAUGCUCAGAGUGUGGAAAGAGAUUCAGUCAGAGUGGCAGUCUUCAACGGCAUCGAAGAUCCCACACAGGUGACAACCCUUUUGAAUGCUCAGAGUGUGGAAAGAGAUUCAGUACAAAUGAUAGUCUUCAACAUCAUCAAAGGUCUCACACAGGGGAUAAACCUUUUGAAUGCUCAGAGUGUGGAAAGAGAUUUAGUCGGAGUAGCCAUCUUCAAGAGCAUCAGAGAACCCACACAGGAGAGAAACGUUUUGAAUGUACAGAGUGUGGAAAGAGAUUCAGUGCAAAUGGUAAUCUUCAACGGCAUCAAAGAUCCCACACAGGUGAUAAACCUUUUGAAUGCUCAGAGUGUGGAAAGAGAUUCAGUUUCAGUGGCAGUCUUCAAAAGCAUCAGAGAACCCACACAGGGGAGAAACCUUUUAAGUGUUGGGAGUGUGGAAAGAGAUUCGGUCAGAGUAGCAAUCUUCAACAGCAUCAGAGAAUCCACACAGGGGAGAAACCUUUUGAAUGCUCAGAGUGUAGAAAGAGAUUCAAUCGGAGUUCCACCCUUCAAAAGCAUCAAAGAAUCCACACAGCAGAAAAACCUUUUGAAUGCUCAAGUUGUGGAAAGAGAUUCAGUCAGAGUUCCAAUCUUCGACAGCAUCAAAGAUCCCACACAGGGGAGAAACCUUUUGAAUGCUCAGAGUGUGGAAAGAGAUUCAGUUGGAGUUCCAGCAUUCAAAAGCAUCAAAGAAUCCACACAGCAGAGAAACCUUUUGAAUGCUCAGGUUGUGGAAAGAGAUUCAGUCAGAGUUCCCAUCUUCGACGGCAUCAAAGAAUCCACACAGCAGAGAAACCUUUUGAAUGCUCAGAGUGUGGAAAGAGAUUCAGUCAGAGUGGCCAUCUUCAAUUACAUCAAAGAACACACACAGGGGAGAAACCUUUUGAAUGCUCAGAGUGUGGGAAGAGAUUCGUUCAAAGUGGCGACCUUCGUUCACACCAAAGAACACACACAGGAGAGAAACCUUUUGAAUGCACAGAGUGUGGAAAGAGAUUCAGUCAGAGUAGCAAUCUUCAACGGCAUCACAGAACUCACACAGGUGAGAAACCUUUUGAAUGCUCAGAGUGUACAAAGAGAUUCAUUCAAAGUGGUGAGCUUCAACGACAUCAGAAAACCCACACAGGGCAGCAACCUUUUGAAUGCUCAGAGUGCGCAAAGAGAUUCAGUACAAGUGGUAGUCUUCAAGAGCAUCAAAAAACCCACACAGGAGAGAAGCCUUUUGAAUGCUCAGAGUGUAGAAAGAGAUUCUGUCAUAGUGCCAGUCUUAAGUAUCAUCAAAGAACCCACACAGGAGAGAAACCUUUUGAAUGCCCAGAGUGUACAAAGAGAUUUAGUCGGAUUGCACAUCUUCGGUAUCAUCAAAGAACCCACACAGGGGAGAAACCUUUUGAAUGCUCAGAGUGUGGAGAGAGAUUCAGUAGAAGCGACCAUCUUAAGCGACAUCAAAGAAUCCACACAGGGGAGAAACGUUUUGAAUGCUCAAAGUGUGGAAAGAGAUUCAGUACAAGUGGUAAUCUUCAACAGCAUCAAAAAUCCCACACAGGGCAGAAACCCUUUGAAUGCUCAAAGUGUGGAAAGAGAUUCAGUACAAGUGGUAGUCUUCAACAGCAUCAAAAAACCCACAUAGGGGAGAAACCUUUUGAAUGCUCAGAGUGUGGAAAGAGAUUCAUUCGGAAUGGCAGUCUUCAAGAGCAUCAAAGAACCCACACAGGGGAGAAACCUUUUGAAUGCUCAGAGUGUGGAAAGAGAUUCAGUCAUAGUAGCAGUGUUCAGUGUCAUCAAAGAACCCACACAGGGGAGAAACCUUUUGAAUGUUCAGAUUGUGGAAAGAGAUACAGUCAGAGUGGCAGUCUACAAAAGCAUCAAAGAACCCACACUGGGGAGAAACCAUUUGAAUGCUUGGAGUGUGGAAGGAGAUUCAGUCAGAGUGGCCAUCUUUACCAUCAUCAGAAAACCCACACAGGGGAGAAAUCUUUUGAAUGCUCAGAGUGUGGAAAGAGAUUCAAUGAGAAUUCCAGCCUUCACCAGCAUCAGAGAACUCACAGAGAGGAGAAACCAUUUGACUGCUCAGAGUGUGGAAAGAGAUUCAGUCAUAGUAGC